AUGUCUAAAUCCAACCAACCUGCCGUCAUCAGGACGGCUCCCAUCGCCAUCGCUCCUAAGCCCGUCCGCCAAAACUCCUAUCGGCAAGACAGCUGCAGCACCUCCCAGUCCUACCGCAGCAUGCCCGGUCUCGAGUCGGCCGAGGCCUCCUACACUGGUCGAGCCCCAAGCCCUUGUGACAUUUGCCAGCGCUUCCGAAUCAAGUGCACGCUGACGGACGACGACGAAGAGGGCUGCCUGCCCUGCCAGAACCGCGGUUCUGAAUGUUCUUUUGUCUCGAGCCCCCCCGCAAGGAAACGGAAACUCAACGGUCAUCUCGCCGACGACGGGAAGCGAAGCUCUCCAGGGAGGUCUGAUAUCAGGCGGAGACGUCAACCUCAACCCAGCCUCUCUAGCACUGCCGGCAGCAGCUCUUUCAUCGAAGACAUGGCCAACGUCGGCGGCCCAACCCUUCUCAAGCGAACGCUGGGACUCCAGAACGACCGCUACAGCCAGUACAUCGGACCAACCACCGACUUCGAGCCGUCCCUCAUCAACCUUUCACCCUUUGAUCCCCACGACGAAAGCCUCCUGUCACGAGGCACCCUGCGCAAGGUUAGUGACGACGAGACGUUCCUCAUGCUCCCGGACAUGAACACGCCAGGGUACGAGCAUACUCUGGAGGACAUCGAGGAGGUCGAGGCUGUCGUUCGCCCCCAUGGGAAGAAGCUCGUCGACCUCUACUAUCGCAUCGUCCAUCCAGGGUUUCCCAUCAUCCAAAAGACGGUUUUCUUGGAAAAGUACGAGCGAGGCUAUCGUGAAUUCUCACCACCUCUGCUGGCUGCUGUCUACAUCCUGGCAAUCAACUGGUGGGAUCAUGACGAAGAGCUUCGCCGGAUCCCCAGGCCCGACGUCCGUGAGCUCGAGCGGCUGGUGCGCACAACACUGUCAGACGCCAUGUAUCGACCAAAGCUGUCCACCAUACAAGCCGGGCUGCUUCUCUCCCAACGACCAGAAGGCGACCAGUGGGCGCCGACAGCGCAACUGGUGGCCAUUGGUCAAGAGCUUGGCCUGCACUUGGAUUGCACGGGAUGGAAGAUACCGCCCUGGGAGAAGGGUCUCAGGAAGCGACUUGCGUGGGCCUUGUACAUGCAGGAUAAAUGGGGAGCGCUUGUGCAUGGUCGGCCUUCCCAUAUCUUCGCAUCAAACUGGGGCGUAAGGCCUCUGACAGAGCACGACUUUCCCGACGUGGAAUGGGACGAGAAUGACUCUGAGGAUCAACUGGAGAUUGAGAGGGGCCGCACACUCUUUUCACAGAUGGUGCACCUCUCCCAGAUUCUCUCCGAGAUUCUUGACACGUUCUACACGCUGCAGGCGAAGCAGACAGUUACGAACAGCGGAGCCCAGGGAACGCACCUUGUGCUGUCUCUCGCCAAGCCAAUCCAGCUGAAAUUCAAGGAGGGGAUGCGGGACUACCCACGGCUAUCCGCAUGGACAAUUCUUUCACGCCCUCGCAGCUUCAACAGCGCCUAUCCAGCAUUGGCCAAGGCCGCUUAUUUCGGCCAUGGACUUUGUCAACCGAUUGACCCCUCGCACAUUCGAUCUUUUUGGUAUUUCGCGUCAAAGACGAACUUUGCACUCAUCGGCACGUUUGGCUCACUCCUUUGGGCUACGAGUCCGGGGAGGGAGGAGGCCGACUGGUAUCGCCGACGUCUGGGGGAGUACCGCUGGACACUCUCGGUCAGCUCCAAGCCGGGUGAAGGCACGGGACUGACAGCAUUCGCUAUGAAGAUGCUCGACAUAUCCACGGGACUUCUAAAGAAGCUCCCAGAAAAGCCGUCCAUGAGCCGCAGCGGCAGCGUGGCCGACAUUGCAGGGAGCGUGAGCAGCGGUCCGAGUGGCUUGUCAGCUCUGAGCAGCCUAGCCGGUGCUCCUUCGUUGGGAAGCUUCAGCGGGCUGCCGAGUCGUGACGCCAGCAUGCUCACAGCCCCCAAAGCUUGGAAGAUGUGGACGAGAGCAGUGAUGAAGACAUGUAUGAUGAUUUUGCACCGACGGUUGGCAUGA